AAAGUUCCUCCGGUAUCGUGAUUGCUUGUCAAAUUACGAGGCUCAGUUGAAGUAGUUUUUGCAUAACCUUGUGACCGAAAUAAAAUGCAGUCUGUUCGUCCAAUUGCAAAUUUGGCCAUCCGGAAUGCCGCCUUCCUGAGCCGUGGCUACCACGGACCGAGCAAUUUCCGUGUGUACACAAUGAACGACAUGCCCGUUCCGGAAGGGGAUUUCUUCGAGGAACACCGCCGCAAAAACCGUGUCUAUAACACGGUUUUAGCCGCUGGCAUAGUCGUCUUUGGAAUCACUCUUACGGUGGUGAAGGAAAGUGGAUUGCUCUUCUUGAAUUAUAACCCGCCAAAAAGCUUGGAUUAAAAAACAUGUCACUGGGUUGUAAGAUCGCAAACAUAUGAUGAUCCAUGUGAAUCAGAAUAAAACGGGUUGAAGCAUUUC